GAGCGGGUUCACCUUGACGGAACACCGGGAGAGCCGCAGGUGAGCGGCACCUGCCAGCGCUGCCCCCCGGGACAUCCCCGGGACAUCCCAGGACAUCCCAGGACACCCGCACAUUCCCGGGACACCCUCGGGCACCCCGGGACACUCCCGGGACCCCUCCGGUACAUUCCCGGGACGCAGCGGGAGCAGGAUGGCGGACGGGCACGGGUGGUGGAAGCUGACGUUCCUGCGGAAGCGCCAGGCAGCGCCCACGGUGCUGUACGAGAGCCCCGAGGGGCAGGCGGCGCCGGGAGGGGACAGCGCGGAGGGGACAGGCCCGGAGGGUCCACCCGGCUUCGCCGCCCGCCUGGAGAAGAUCGUGGACAAGAGCACCAAGGGCAAACACGUCAAAGUGUCGCACUCCGGGCGCUUCAAGGAGAAAAAGAAAGUCAGGGCGACGCUGGCCGAGCAUCCCCAGCUGUGCGGGGCCGGAGAGCGCGAGGACAAGUGACCCGGGCGGAUGUCGCAGCCCCAGCCCCUCCUCCCCGGGACGCCGAUCCGCGGGGCUGCAGGAGCAGAGAGGAGGACUCAGGAUGGAAUUUGUCUGUGGGAUAAACUGGGAGCGUACCGGAUUGAGGAUAAACCUCAAUCCCGGGGCAGAGCGGAGCUGGCGCUCCCCGCCCCUCCCGCUCCCCAGCGCUGACCGGUCCGUACUGGGACGAGGACACACCCCCCGUAGCCCGCCCGACUCUGCGCCAAUCCCAUUCUCAACCCCAUCCCCAAUCCUCUCCUCCCGUCGCUUUUUGCGGCCGAGCCCUCUCAGCCCCGCGGGGCUGCGGAGCCGCCGAUGCUCAGUCACCCCCGAGAGGGGAUGCGACACUUCCCUGUUGCCAGGGAACGACCCUGGGGACAAAUUCCCCACCGCGGGGACCGAGGAGCGCUCCCAGGAGGCGCCGCAUUCCCCAGGGAAUGGCUUCCACCCCGGGGAUCGGGA